CCUCCAGGUAGUGAUUGCUAAUCAAAGCUAUUCUGAUACUUUGCCACGUUGCUUAAAUCAUCUUCUAAUUCAUAUUUAGAUUAUACAGGGCUAUUUAGGUGACUUUAAAUUGCUCUAGGGCGAAAGCUAGAACACCUUGUUUUAAAUUGAGCUUAAUUACAUAUCUGCUUAAGAAAUAUGCUUUGAAACACAAGUUAAAAUAAGGAAUUUUGACUGCUACCGCGGUUUUAGACAGGAUAUUCUGAUCAGCCUUGUUUGUCCUCUCCUGAAUAAAAAGCUGUUAUUACAUCCUAGAUAUUAGAUUUAAGAUGCUGACCCCAUGUGAAGAGGAAUGUUUUGGCGAAAGCUAAAAUAAAACAAUUAGUUUUACAGCUUUGCAGUGUGGAUGUGAAAAAGCUAAUAUUUACAAAUAUGUAAUAAUUAUAUGUAUUAAUUGGACCAGCUUAAAACUGAAGUAUUAACUUUAAAAAAAUAUGUAUAUAUUUACAUAUUUGUUCAAACCAUCAUCAUGUUGUGGCAAUAAAAUAUGAGAUUAACAAUCUGAGAAGAUCAAGCUCCACCACCGCCUCUUAAUGUUUUACUGUUGUCUGACAAAAUGCACCACUCCUGGUAACACACAGCCAAUCAGAGCCAGGAGGAGUGGCUUAGAGCUGUCACUCAUUCCAGUGUAUGUGCUGCUAAAUGUGCUAAUGGCAGAAAAACAACUUAAGUUCCAGGAAAACUGUUUAUCUGCUGCCAACAUGCUAAUGUUGUUGCUGUAGUUUCUGAUGUCUUGUUUUCUCUCUUUCUGCAGGUGUAAAACCAGACUUCUAGAAUAUUUUUCCUUUAUCCUUAGUUCCAUCCUCUGUUCUUAUCUUCUUUUGACUCUUAACUUUUUGUCUUGCUUCUCUUUCAUUCUUCUUUUCCCUUUUCUUUACUGCAAAUUCAUAGUUUAGACUUCUACACCCCUUUGCUAGAGAUUCAACCUCUUUAUCUGCUGCAUGUGUAUCAUGGUUCCUUCAGCUGUGCAUGUUCUCAAAAAAGUCUGUUGAAGGGAAUCCUAUGAGUUUUUUUCACCCUAAUCAUACCUCAUUUCACAUAAUUUUAUGGUAAGCACUAUAAGCAAUGUGUUCAUAACCAAGCUUAAAAUCAAGUGUUCAAACACAUACGGUAGAUGGAAAUUUUAACAUGUUUUUUUCCCCUUAUUUCAGAGUUGCUAUUAUUAGCAAGAUGUUCUUGCUGAUCAGACCAAAACAAAAUGUCUAUUCUGGACCUGAGGGGAACUAAAUCUCUAUAAACUGAAGGAAGAGCAGAAAACCUGGAACAAACACGAGUAAAAGAAUCAGAACCUCUGCAGAUUGUAAAGGUCGAAGAUAAGACAUGGAUAUCUUAGUUACAACAGGUUCUAGAUCUUUUGAAAACAAAGAACCAGUAGAACCAGAAUUGCAACAAAUGAGGGGAAAUGAUUGUCAAUCAGAAUCUCAGCAACUAGUUAAGAUUGAGGCUGAAGGCAUCAGACUAGAUGACAGCCAGGAUGCACCAAAGCAGGAGACUGAGAUCAUAAUGGUAACUGUUUCUGGAUCUCUUGAAAUCAAAGAAGAACCACUAGAAUUAGAAUUGGAACAAAGGAAGGAAGAUGAUUGUCUACCAGAAUCUCAGCGAUUGGUAAAGAUUGAGGCUGAACGCAUCAGUCAGGAUAUAAAACAGAAUUUACCAAAGCAUGAGUUUGAUUCCAUAAUACUAAAUGUUUCUGGAUCUCUGGAAAUCAAAAAAGAACCAGUGGAACUGGAAUUGGAUCUAAUGAAAGGAGAUGAUUGUCAAUUGGGAUCUCAACAGAUGGUAAAGGCUGAGGCUGAAGGCAUCAGUCAGGAUGACAACCAGGAGGUAUUUAAGCAGGGGAUUGGUACCGUAAUGGUGGUUGAUUCUGGAUCUCUUCAACUCAGAUUGGAACCAGGAGAACGAGAUCCUGAACAUUUGAAGGAAGAGGACGAAGGAUCAGGACCUCAGCAGAUGGGAAAGAAAGAGGCUGAUAACAUUGCCCAGGAAGUACUGAAGCAGGAGAAUGAUACCUUAACCGUAACGGUUUCUGGAGAUGAAUCAGAGUACCAACAACCUGAACUGAAUGGAAAAAAAAUCCUGUGUCAGAACAUUGUUAAAGCAGAGCACCAUCAGGAUAUAAAAACUGAGAAAGCUUCAAGAUCCAGCAGAAAUGAACAGCAACAGAAAAGAGCUCAGAAAAGCAGAAGUCAAUGUGAUGAUAAAGAGAAAAUGAUGAAUGACAAAGUAAAAAAAUGCCAAAAAUGUAGUGUUUGUGGUAGAAAUUUUAACCGCAAAGAGCAUUUAAUGGUUCACAUGCGAACUCACACAGGUGAGAAGCCUUUCUCAUGUGUAGCCUGUAGGAGGAGCUUUAAUCGCAAAAAUAGUUUGAAUAUCCAUAUUAGAACUCACACAGGUGAGAAGCCUUUCUUGUGUCCAACAUGUGGGAGGAGUUUUACUUCCAAAAGUAAUUUGAAUGGCCAUGUCAGAUCUCAAACAGGUGAGGAGCCGUUCACAUGUAAAUUCUGUGGAAAAGUUUUUUGUCUAAAACGUAGUUUGAGUAGGCACAUGAAAAGUCAUACAGUUGCCAAAAACCUUUCUUGUAAGAAGCAAAAGUUUAAUUCUCAAGACCAAACUCCGCCUGAAGAUGCUCUAACUCAAACAGAUUUAAUCUGUGAGAGCUGUGGAAAAGUCUUUAUUUGUAAAACUACAUUGACAUGCCACAUGAAAAUUCAUACAGGAGAAAAACCUUUCCCUUGUGUUACAUGUGGAGAAUCUUUCCAGGAAAGCUGCCUAUUGACUAACCAUACUAGGGUGCACAAUGGAAAGAAACCAUUUUGUUGCACUACAUGUGGAAAAUCUUUCACUAGAAGAACUCAUUUGAAUAUCCACAUGAGAAUUCACACAGGUGAGAAGCCCUUUCAUGUGGAAAGAGUUUUUCUGCACAAAAUAGUUUGAAAAGACACACAAGAUCUCACACAGGAGAGAGACCUUUCUCAUGCUUAACCUGUGGAAAGAAUUUCAGUCAAAGACGUUACUUAUCUGCUCAUUUGA